GAAGUUGUUGGCUGAUGCUGGCACUGCAGCAAAUGCUGGUAGCCUUUAGCAGGCUAACAGGUUUACUUUUCUAUUUGGACUGUUUGUCACUAGAAUAUCAAAUCAUGGGACGGUAUAGGCUACAUGAAAGAUGAAGACGGUACGUCCAGGGGAAUGAUUUUCUCAAACAUUGCCUCUGAAAAGGAGGAAAAACACCCUUAAAGAUUCCCGGAAGUGCUAUUGAAGAUUCCAGCUGCCACGGACACCAUGAGCUCCAAAUAUGGCCUGGUGGGUUACAACAGUUCACGGAAGCACAUCUCAAUCACCAUUCCGUCGACCACAGAGGUGAUGUCACCUCACAUCAAAUCUGUGGAGGAGCUGAGGGUCCUGGGAAUCAACCUCAGCAGCUUCAGUGCCCCAACACAGUUCUUCAUCUGUGUGGCUGGAGUCUUCUUCUUUUAUCUUGUCUAUGGAUAUUUGCAGGAGUUAAUAUUUUCUGUGGAAGGAUUUAAACCUUUUGGUUGGUACCUCACUUUGGUGCAGUUUGGCUUUUACUCCAUGUUUGGACUUGUGGAGCUUCAGUUCACGCAAGACAAGCGCAGAAGGAUACCCGGGAAGACAUAUAUGAUGAUUGCAUUUCUAACAGUAGGGACUAUGGGACUAUCCAAUACCUCAUUAGGCUACUUGAACUACCCCACCCAGGUCAUCUUCAAGUGCUGUAAACUCAUCCCAGUCAUGAUCGGAGGAGUUUUUAUCCAAGGUAAACGAUAUAACCUGACUGAUGUGUCUGCUGCUCUCUGCAUGAGUCUGGGACUCAUCUGGUUUACCCUAGCUGACAGCAAAGUUGCUCCAAACUUCAAUGUUACAGGUGUCGUGCUCAUCUCCAUGGCUCUGUGUGCUGAUGCUGUGAUUGGAAAUGUGCAGGAGAAAGCCAUGAAGCUCCAUAAUGGAUCCAACUCUGAAAUGGUGCUGUACUCGUACUCUAUCGGUUUCAUCUACAUACUGGGAGGCUUGCUGUGUGUGGGUGGGCUGGGACCAGCUGUGGCUUUCUGCUCAGAGCAUCCUGUUAAGACUUACGGUUAUGCCUUCUUCUUCUCUCUUACGGGUUAUUUUGGGAUCUCCUUUGUGCUAGCCUUAAUCAAGCUGUUUGGCGCCCUGGUUGCAGUAACAGUGACCACUGGAAGAAAGGCCAUGACCAUCGUACUUUCCUUCAUGUUCUUCACCAAACCUUUCACUUUUCAGUACAUCUGGGGAGGCCUUCUGGUGGUCUUUGGUAUCUUCUUGAAUGUUUACAGUAAAAACAAAGACAAAAUGAAUCUCCCCUCCAUCAAGGAUGUCAGGAGCUGGCUGCUGACAAGAAAAAAAGUCCGAUUUCUCUCACAGAACGUAUAGGAGGCCUCCCUACCGUCUGGGUAAAGUCCUGCACAGGCAGACUGCUUCCGACCGCUCCACGUCUCGCGUCGGCACACGUUUUCCAGAGGAUGAGCGGAAGCAUGUGCCUGAGCAACGGUGCAACAUCACCAUCAUUAUUGAGCCACGGAUGGGUUAUACAGGGUUUGACCUCCAAUCAGCCUUACAAGCAGCUGACAUGAUUAAACUGCGGUUCAGGGAGUUGCUGGAUCCAGUUUAUAUCCAAUACCAGAACACUGCUGGUUAGCUGGAAGCACUGUAUGGCAGCAAAAUGAAGGAAGUGUAAAAUGUUUUUAAAAGGAUUCUGUGCCUGGUGGGGUUUUGUAUAGCAGGCGUUAGAUCCCCACAGAAACAUUCCCCACAUUGAGUGAAGCUGGGAGGACUUAUUAGACCCUCUAAAGGGAAGCCAGCUCCUUAGUUAACCAAAUUGCACAGUUUUGCACUGGAUUUAACUCAGACCCUUGAGUGGUUGGAAGAGAAAUGAACUCUUGGAAGUAAAACAUAGAGACGUAUUAAUGUGUGUCAUGUCUAAAAUGAUUGUCGCCCACCAUAUAUGACAGAAAAAAGUCAAACUAUUUGAGAAAAUCCUUUUUGCCCUCGGAUGUGCCAGAAAACGGACAGAAUUGUUGUUUUUUUUUGCUUAAUAAAUGGCUUUCUAAAAGUGGUUUUCAUACUUUCCUGGUAAUUUGCCAACAAAAGUGGUAUGUCUGGUCAUGUGAUAAGCAUUUUAAGUUGUACAUAUUUAUUUGUACCUCUGAAUAGCAACACUGUCAACUGC